GUGUGCGCGUGCGCUGAGUUUGUGACGCGAUAAUCGUCGUAUGCUUGUGCACUUGUGCUUUGGAGACGUGAGUAGUGUACACUGCGGCCUGUGUUGUUUUUUUCGUCGGGGUUUUCAUUCGUCCGAACCGUAUAAUCGCCGGGCUCGUCGUGCUGCCAACGGCCUGGCAAUCAUGUCUCACACCAUCCUGCUAGUCCAGCCGGGGAAGCCGGAGACCCGCACCUACUCGGACUACGAGUCGGUGAACGAGUGCAUGGAGGGAGUGUGCCACAUCUACGAGGAGCACCUGAAGCGGCAGAACCCCAACACGCCCUCCAUCACCUACGACAUCAGCCAGCUGUUUGACUUUGUGGACCAGCUGGUGGACCUCAGUUGUCUCGUAUACCAGAAGUCAACAAACACAUACGCACCAUACAACAAAGCAUGGAUCAAAGAGAAGAUCUACAUCUUGUUGCGGCGACAGGCAUCGAAGAGCCAAUCGUGAGCGGCGACGGCAGUCCCCU